GAACUUCCGCUCUCCAGUGAUUAUUUUUUUCAAUUUUUUAUAUCUUUGUUACCAGUAUAGGAGAAGUGACAUACUUCAGACGGUGUCACACUGUAAGCUUGGAGUUUGUAAUCUGCUUGAAACCAUGACUGCAAGGGCUCCAAAUGUGAAAGACUUGGAUGUGAUACCUUUGGAGAAAAUUGAAGAGGCAAGGAUGAAUUUAGAACAUCAAGGCGUGCUCAAGACACCCUUAGUGCCACUGAACAUUGACCUUGAUGACAAAAAGAUCUACCUCAAGCUUGAAAAUCUCCAACCAAUUGGUUCAUUUAAGAUAAGAGGUGCUUUGAAUGCUAUAAAAUGUACGCCCCCAGUGUUCCUUUCCAAUGGUGUUUACACAGCAAGUGCUGGGAACUUUGCACAAGGGUUAGCAUGGGGAGCUACAAAGCUUGGCAUCCCAGCUAAGAUUGUAGUCCCAGAGAAUGCUCCUCAAAUGAAGGUGGAUUCCAUUCAGAGAUAUGGAGGGGAGGUGAUACGCGUACCUUAUGAUGAUUGGUGGGGUACUAUGAUGUCACACACAUAUCCUGGUCUAGAGGGGGAGUUUGUACACCCUGUCUGUGAUCCUAAUGUAAUAGCAGGAAAUGGAACAGCUGGACUGGAAAUUCUAGAAGAUUUACCAGAUGUAGAUGCAAUAAUAGCACCAUUUGGGGGAGGAGGGCUAUUAUGUGGAAUAGCCUCAGUGAUGAAAUCCAAAAAGCCCAGCACAAAAAUAUAUGCAUGCGAGGUAGAGACUGCAGCUCCACUAUCUGCCAGUCUUGCUGCUAAGCAACCAUGGACAUGUGACUAUGAAAAAACGUUUAUUGAUGGUAUGGGAGCGAAAUGUGUUCUCCCGGGAAUGUGGAAUUUAAUUAGCAAUCUAGUCGAUGAUUCAAUAGUAUUGUCCGUUGAAGAAAUUGCAGAUGCUAUCAGAUUAUUGGUGACGAGGCAUCACAUGAUUGCAGAGGGGGCAGGUGCUGCUCCAUUGGCUGCAGCUUUGUCUGGGAAAGCUGGGUCGGGAAAUAUUGUUUGUGUGAUAUCUGGUGGGAACAUAGACAAUGCUAAACUUAUCAGUAUACUGCAAGGCCAUAUACCAAAUUAAAGAUUAUUUAUUUUCAAACCAAAUUCUGAAUCUUGAAAAAGGUUUGAAAUUUUGCUAUUUUUUUAGUGACAAUCAUGGUAAAGCUUCCAAAAGGGAACCAUUAAUACAUGGUUGUAUCUGUCUUAAUGAGACAGAUGAGGUAGGUGUCUCACAAAGUUUUACAUAAAUAUAUGUACAAAUGUAUGUGAUAAUUCAUGAUGUGUUAUGAAUUCUCAAUGGAUUUCAGAGGAUUUUAAGCAUUUCUACAGCUAUUAUAGAUUUUAUGUAUUCUACUUUAAUUUAUGCACUAGUUAAUUUUAAACAGGGUUGUCGUGGCAGCCAUUUUGGAAACUUAAGGUACAAGAAAUAUA